CCUGGUGACUCAAUACACAACUCCCAGUCUUUCUAACCAUAGGUGACUAUAAAUGUGGCUGGUUUUAAGCACAAACACAAAUACAGUUGCUAACUCCGGCGAGGGGUGGGCGGCGAGGUAUAAAGGGGAGCGCCGCUCACCCCCACUCACUCGCCAGCUAGUAGGGGGACGGUUUUCUUCAUUUUUGAAGAAUUAGCAACGAUGGGUGAGGAAAAUUUACCAGCCUUGGUCUGCGAUAAUGGUUCAGGGAUCGUCAAGGCUGGCUUCGCUGGCGACGACGCUCCACGAGCUGUCUUCCCUUCUAUCGUCGGCCGACCCCGUCAUCAAGGAGUGAUGGUGGGCAUGGGUCAGAAAGACGCCUACGUCGGCGACGAGGCCCAGAGCAAGCGAGGUAUUCUGACCCUAAAAUAUCCUGUUGAACACGGAAUUAUCACCAACUGGGACGACAUGGAGAAAAUUUGGCACCAUACCUUCUACAACGAACUCCGAGUUGCCCCUGAGGAGUCCCCCGUCCUUCUCACAGAGGCUCCAUUGAAUCCCAAGGUCAACCGAGAAAAUAUGACAAGAAUAAUGUUCGAGACAUUUAAUGUACCUGCAUCGUACAUAGCCAUUCAAGCUAUCCUUUCUCUGUAUGCUUCUGGUCGCACCACUGGCAUCGUGUUAGAUUCUGGUGACGGAGUCACGCACACGUGUCCCAUAUUUGAAGGCUACGUACUACCGCAUGCCAUGCAUCGCCUUGACAUGGCUGGCCGCGACUUGACCCACUACUUGACCAAGAUUUUGACAGAGCGAGGCUACUCCUUCUCUACUACCGCCGAACGAGAGAUCGUUCGUGACAUCAAGGAGAAGCUUUGUUAUGUUGCUCUCGACUUCGAAAAUGAAAUGGAAAUUUCUAAAACAUCCCUAACUUUAGAAAAGGCUUAUGAGUUACCUGACGGCCAAGUAAUAACUGUCGGCAAUGAGAGGUUCCGCUGCCCCGAGGCAGUCUUCCAGCCUUCUUUUCUGGGAAUGGAAUGUGUUGGCCUCCAUGAAUUAGUUCACCAAUCUAUCAUGCGAUGCGACAUUGACAUCCGAAAAGAUCUCUUCUCUAACAUUGUAAUGUCUGGAGGGACCAGCAUGUAUCCAGGGAUUCCAGAUCGCAUGCAGAAGGAAAUAACAUUCCUUGCUCCUUCAACAAUAAAUGUUAAAAUUGUCGCUCCUCCAGAAAGAAAGUACUCAGUCUGGAUCGGAGGUUCCAUCCUGAGCUCCCUCUCUACCUUCCAGUCGUUCUGGAUCACUAAGUCAGAAUAUGAAGAGUUUGGACCUGGAAUCAUCCACAGAAAAUGUUACUAACUUAGUUAGAACUAUCAGUUAAUUACCAUAUUAUUUUUAUUAAAUGAGUAUAUUUUUGUGGCAA